CAGCAAUAGGAGCCAAUGGGAGAGCGGUUCUGCCCGCGGGGCGGGGUGGGCGUCGCGCGGGAUGGGCGCCACUUCCGCCGCGGCCCGCCGGGGCCUAUGUACCAAUGGCUGCUGGGGGCCCUCGGCGCUCUCCUCGCUGCCGCCCGCCGCCCCACGCCGCCCCCGGGCCCGCCGCCGCGCAAGAGGCCGCUCCCCAGCGUUUCGCCACUUCUGAAAGAUCCUGACCAGACUGAAUGCAAAAAGUGUAAAACAGAUUACGGCUUCUCGGAGCGUAAAGAGAAAGUUGAAGGUGUUUCUGGUGUGGUGAAUUUGCCAAGCAAGGCGAAGCGUAAGCACCGGAAGGCUUCGGUCAGCCAUGCCGCUCCGAGAGAGCCUGCAGGAGAGACUUGGUCUACUUCUGAUUCUUCACCUGAAAGACCAACAGAUUCUGCGCUAGACGUAGAAAUGAUAGAAAUUGAUAACAUGCCUUGUGCAACCAAUACUUGCUUGAAUAAGGAGACGCUAUCCUUUUAUCACAGGACAAUUCCAUGUCUGAGCACGAGCAGGAAUGGCAAACACUGCAUCAAACCUGCUCCAGACAGCGUCCUCACUCUGCGGCCGCCCAUUAAGGAGCGCUCCGGGCCGGAAUCCACUACUUCGGAGGCCAACAAAACGGGGAGGCCCUUCUGCACCGCUGAGGAGGGCGUUCAGCAAGAAGAAAAGAAGAAAUACAAGCAGCUCUUGGAGCUGGUAAAGGAAAAUUAUCCUAGAAGCUGCUCUAAUCCACAGCCGACAAGCUUCCGCAAUGUCCAAGCCUGCCCCAAGGAACCAGUGACGACCGUGAGUCACCUGGAAGAGCAAAAAUACGGAGGGGAUUUCUAUCCCCGUGUGACACUAAAGACCGGUGACUGUCCCCGUGAUUCGGCUCUGCUCCGCUUAGCGGGUAUCAAGCAUGCGGAAGUUCACGACCCCCAGUGGCCUCAGAGAGGCGAUAUGAUCAGGUACUGCACACCAGCAGAAAACUCCCGUGAACAGGCAAGGCCAGGGAAACAAGCCACUGCAGGGAGACAGCAUGGAGCUGAAACCUCGGAAGAGCUGUUGUUACGCCUGGCGCCUGUUCUGUCCAGAAAAUCACCUCCCCUUGAUGUGGAAGAAAAGAAAUUCCUGAACAUGGAGGAAAAGAAAUUCCCCAAAUUAGAAGAAAUCAAAUUCCCAAACUUGGAAGAAAAGAAAUUUGCCAACUUAGAAGAAAAGAAAUUCUCGAGAUUGGAAGAAAAGAAAUUCCUGAAAUUAGAAGAAAAGCACUUCCCAAAAUUGGAGAAACCAGCCGAACGCUUUUCUCCACUCACAGAGGCCAUGGAGAGAGAGGUCGUCGCCGCGUUUCGCAACGGUGACCCGGAGGAGAUCAUGAGCAGUGCCUUCAAACUCAGGGUUACGCGGGAGGACAUCCACACGCUGCAGAACCUCUGCUGGCUCAACGAUGAGAUCAUUAAUUUCUACAUGAGUCUUCUGGUGGAAAGAAACAAGAAGGAAGGCUAUCCAUCGGUCCAUGCUUUUAGUACUUUCUUUUUUCCUAAACUCAUUUCGGAGGGCUACAAAGCUGUGAGAAGAUGGACCAGAGGGGUGGAUCUCUUCAAGCAGGACAUCAUCUUGGUGCCCAUUCACUUGAGAGUCCACUGGGCGCUGGCGGUCAUCGACGUCAGAAAGAAGACCAUCAAAUACUUUGACUCCAUGGCACAAAAAGGGAGCAAGAUUUGUGACACUUUGUUCCGUUACCUGCAAGAAGAAAGCCGGGAAAAAAGAAAUCAGGAGCUGGACAUUUCGGAGUGGGCUCUUCACAACAUGGAGCCACAUGAAAUUCCUCAGCAAACCAAUGGAAGCGACUGCGGUGUGUUUACCUGCAAAUUCGCCGAUUACAUCUCCAGAGACAAACCCAUAACUUUCACACAGAAUAACAUGCCUUACUUCCGCAAGAAGAUGGUGUGGGAAAUAAUCCACCAGCAGCUGCUGUGAGACAUGCACUACUAGAGUAACACUGUGAUACCCACGGGUGACUAACUCUUAUUUUAGUUAUUUUUCUAAUACUUCAUUUGAAAAGGCAGCAGCGGGCGCACAAAUUUUCCUCUUUAGGUUACGACGUAGCGGUUAAGGAUUUGUGUUGGGUUUUUUCCCCAAUUUUGGAGACGGUGACUCUCUUUGCAAUUUAACCAACGCACCUCGAGUGCGAAGCACGAUUGCCGCGACCUCGCCGAGCGAUCGGUGGAGAACAAAUACUGUGAACCCCUCGUUGUUGAGAUGGACGCUUGUACCUCGCAGCCGCCUUACGGACAAGUCGCAUUCUCACCCGUGGCGGCUGGAUUUACCUUCCCAAGGACAACGUGCUUGGCUGCUGCUUCCUCAAAGAGAGUUUUCUUCGGUUUCUGGAACGUCUGCGAUCUACUUGAUUCCUAAAACUGGAUUUGUGCUGAGCAUGGAAAGAAUGAAUUCGCCAUCUUUUGGAACAAAUCCAUAGCGAAGCCCCUUUGGUUGGGUUUUUUUUUGUCUGUCUCCAGGGAGUUAUCUAAUGUGAAAAGAGAAGUAUUUAUUUCUUUUUAUUAAAAUAAAUAUGUAUUGUUAUUUAAA